AUGCUCUGCUUGAAAUGGUUCAACACUUCAUUGAUCGUCAAAACUAAGAAACUGCUGGGUUACGAACAACUAGAAGGACCAAUAAUGAAUAUGCCGGAUCUGGUGAUGAGAAAGAUAAUGGAAAAUGUUGAUUUUAUAACGAUGCUGAAACUUCGAAAAGUGUGUCACGCGUUCCGGAACUUUAUUGAUGAAACAAAACUGGAUAAUGAUUUGGUACAAGUCAAUAUCAAUGUGAGACCGUCGGCAAUAUACGCGACAAUCUAUUUUAAUUCACAAUAUGAACAAUCUGUAAACUUCUAUUACAUUAGAUAUGGGAACAACUGCUUGCUAAAAGUCACGGAAGGAGGGAAUGAAGAAGCUAAAUUCAUAAAAAACCUAGAUCCUGCAGAUGCAUUUUUCAACGACUUUGGUGUUAUUUUAAGAAACCAAUCAAAACCAUUGGAAAACAUGAAAAUCGAGAAAUGGUCAUAUGAUUGGUAUACAGGAGAACACUACGACCUAGACGUUAUCAACAGCCUCCAAGCUUCAUCUUCAAUUUAUGGAUGGUGCACUUCGUCACGUCCGUUGGAAGAUUUCUACGAAAUUCACGACCAUCUGAGUAAAAUAAACGACAAGUAUGCGAUGCAACCAAUUGCCGAUAAAUUUCAUGAUUGUUUUGAUUGUAUAUUGAAAUCAAGAGAAUCACUCAUUCCCAUACAAACUUUGGAAAUUGAAGUUUCGCGCCCAAGUUAUUUUUUGAAUAUGGUUCGCCUCAUUGAUGUGAAACAGUUGGAAGGGAUCGUGAUAUCGAAGGCGUAUGAGAAGAAAAAUGAAGAAGAUGGCAAACAGCUGGAUUUGAAUGAAAUCGUGGAGUUGGAUGUGUUCAAAUAUAUUCAAAAACUGAAUAUUAGCGAUUUCAAAGUAUCAGUGCCUCUGGAAACAUUUCUACAUAUACCGAAUCUGAGAGUUUCCGUUUCAACAAUCACUAUUGAAGAUAUUCUGUUGAUAAAGAAGAACAUGAUCACUUCUCCAACUGCCAGAUCUCGAAGGGUUUACUAUGAUCAUAUUAAAGACGAGGAUACAAUAACCAACACCCUUGGACAUGCGAAUCCUGACAAUAUUAAACUACACUGGUACUUCAAACUGCCGGAAUCAGAUCAAACGCUCCAAAUCAGCAAGGAAAAUUAUGACAGUUGUUUUUCAUUUACAUGGACCAAAACAGUAUGGAUUCCUAAAUAUGCGGUUGUUUAUUAA